CCUCGCCCGCUCUCUGCUGCCGCUGUUAACAUUUUUAUCGCAAUCUAAUCACCGCAUUGUUUGCGGGAUUUUACCGCCGCUUCACGCACUGUGUAGUUAAGUGCAUCGUGUGGUGACGAUAGCUGCUAGACGUUUAUCGGGUUUUUAGUUUUAAACGCCGUGCCUUGGCGGAAAGGAGAGGAUUUGGUUUUAUUUAAGGUCAAUUGAGGAUGAAUGAGCAGGACAGUGGGGUGGUCUCCUUUGAUGAGUAUGUACGGCAGAAAGCCCGCACCGUGCCUCAGCACAGGAUGAAGGAGUUCCUGGAGUCCCUCGCCAAGGGCCCAGAGGUGCUGCAGGAGUUCAGCCAGCAGGGAGGGGCAGCCACCACCACAGCCAUGGUUUACCAGCAGCAGGGCACCAACUGUGUAUACACAGACAGCACAGAAGUGGCUGGCUCUCUCUUAGAGCUGGCUGGUCCGGUGACCUCGGCAGAGAUUUCACCUCAUCUUGUGCAUCAAGGGUCUGAACAGCAGCUACAGGUGCAGGUUCAGAUCCAGGAACAGCAAGGCCAAACAGUUGGCCAGGUCCUACAGGUGGCCUCCCCCUCUCAGCAGGACCUGCAGGGAAUCUCGACAACCCACUUUGUCCAGCAGGGAGAGCUCACAGAGGAGCAGCAGCAGCAGAUUCAGGCGCAGCUGGUUGCAGCUGUAGCUGGAGGACAACAAAUCCAUCUACAAGGAACGCAGCAUAUUCAGCUGCCAGGCGGCCAGCAUAUUCAACUUGAGGCAGGCCAACAUAUUCAACUACAGGGAGGCCAACAGAUUCAACUACAUGAUGGCCAGCAAAUUCAGCUACAGGGUGGCCAACAGAUUCAGCUACAGGGUGGCCAACAGAUUCAGCUACAGGGUGGUCAGCAAAUUCAGCUACAAGGCGGCCAGCAAAUUCAGCUACAAGGCGGCCAGCAAAUUCAGCUACAAGGCGGCCAGCAAAUCCAGCUACAAGGUGGCCAGCAAAUUCAGCAAAUUCAUCUACAGGGUGGACAGCAAAUCCAGCUACAAGGCGGCCAGCAAAUUCAGCUUCCAGGUGGCCAACAUAUUCAGCUACAAGGCGGCCAGCAAAUCCAGCUACAGGGUGGCCAGCAAAUUCAGCUUCCAGGUGGCCAACAUAUUCAGCUACAAGGUGGCCAGCAAAUCCAGCUACAAGAUGGUCAACAGAUCCAGAUUCAGACCAUAGAGGCCAUGUCUCCUUCGCAGCAACAGGACUCUCCCAGGGAUGCAGAGAGGAGGUCCACCACCGUCUCAACCGUUCUCCAACCUGCCAAGAAGCGUAAGGUUGAUGUUCCUCUUUCCGUGUCGUACGCUGUUCCACAGGGCCAACAGGUGGCCACAGUUCUAGCCAUCCCUCAAGGGCAGCAGCAAAGCUAUGUGUCCCUACGGCCAGAUUUGCUCACUGUUGACAGUGCACAACUGUACAGCACUACAGGAACAAUCACAGGUCCCACAGGAGAGACCUGGACCAUCCCUGUGUACUCCACUCCACAGCAGCAGGGGGUGACUCACAUCGCCAUACCACAGGACACAUACAACACAAUGCAAGUUACCACCACCAACGGUAAGGACAAAAUGUCCCCCAGUUCCUCAUCAAGGUCCACAGAUGUGCAGUCGGUCUCCACUGGGACACAAGAGGAAAUCGUACAGACCCUGUUCCCAGCUCAGUUCAUGAACGGGAACAUUCACAUCCCUGUGGCAGUGCAGACUGUAGGAGGCACCUACAACACUACACAGUCGGUACACAUAUGGGACCCAAAUCAACAGCAGAGCCAAGGGGAAGAGGGACAAGAGCAGCAGCUCCAUCUGCAGGGCCACAUGGAGACAGAGGGUCACGUCGAACCGACUACAGAGAUUAUGGUUCCUGUCUGCCUAAAGCCCGAGGAAGGCCUGGAGGUCUGGCGCCUUUGGGUGAAGCGAAAAAACGCAGAGCUAAACAAGCAGGAAAAGACGAAGCUUGCACCCAUAGGACGUCGUCAGCCUCUGCGUUUUCAAGAAGACUUGGUGUCCAGCGCGGUGGCUGAGCUAAACUUGGGUCUCUCCCUGAUGACGCAGGAGGCACGAGGAUCAGAAGAAGAGCAGUUCACAUCUGAUGUUCUCUAUUAUGUUUUUUUGUGUAUACAGAAGUAUCUCUUUGAAAAUGGACGUGUGGAUGAUAUUUUCUCCGAUCCGUAUUACACACGUUUUUGCGGGUGUUUACACAAAAUCCUGGAUGGUUGGAAACCCAGUGUCCAUCCUUUAGGUUAUGUCAUCCCAAGUCACGUGACAGAGGAGAUGCUGUGGGAGUGUAAACAGCUUGGUGCACAUUCACCGUCCACAUUGCUCACAACUCUUAUGUAUUUCAACACUAAGCAUUUCCACCUGACGACACCUGAACAGCACAUGAAAGUAGCUUUCUCAAAGGUCUUAAGACACACAAAGAAGAACCCCGCUAAUGCCAAGGACAAGGCAACCAGCAUCCGCCUUCUCAAAGGACAAGGACUAAACAGCAUAGGACAGAAAGGUGUUCAAAACAGAACUGAUGACAUGUAUGAAGAGCAGGCCGAGGAUCCAGAGAAUCCCCUUCGCUGCCCCAUUAAACUUUAUGACUUUUAUCUGUUCAAAUGCCCUCAAAGCGUUAAGGGACGUAAUGACGCAUACUACAUGACUCCAGAGCCUGUCGUCGCUCCGAACAGCCCGAUGUGGUACUCGUCUCAGCCCCUCACGACUCAGCAGGUGGAGCAAGUGCUGACCCGCAUCAUUGCGGUCCGAGAGAUCCAGGAGAUCAUCGGCAUUGACGGCAUGAGUUAAAUGGAGAGGACUUACUGGACUCGUGGGAACUUGGUCUCCUGUCACUGAUUGUUGACUAUGCAGUAUCCAUCCUGACUCUAUAAACCCCAAUGACCAUCAUCUCAAAUCAAAGGGAUCAAUCAUUAUUUCUCUCUUGAGGAGUGCAUCACAACAGCAAAGAUAUUUUUCUCUUCUUGAUUUUUUUCUGUUUUCAGCUGAUUGGUUGGACUUUUCUCUCUCUUGACUACCUUUGUAAGCCUUUGCCUCUGUAACCUUUAAACUGGCAAGUAAGGGACACUUUAGUCUCACCACUGCUGGACUGUGAUUCACCUCCUGCUCUCUGAGCUCUGCGGAGGUGGUACAUUUUCCUGAAAAAGUAUCACAACGAUAUGAGGAUAUUUAACCCUUCAGUACUUAACCUCACAGACCAUUUACCAAAUUGUCUCUUCAAAGUCCAACUAUAAUACAUGACAUCUUAAUGGACAAAUACCAGGACCACUUCUCACAACUUUUUUUUGUAUACUGACUGCAUUUUGGAUCAUGUAUUGAUACGUUCAAAGUUGAAGAACUUGUGCCUGUUUUAAAAAAAAAAAAUGACCUCAUAAUUUAUGCUUGUGGAUCAUUGAGUGAGUUGAUCCUCAGAUAUUCACAAGGUCAAAGUGCUAUAUUGUAGUCGUUCAGGAGAUCAGAAACAUUUUUUCUCAGGUCAAAGCUAGUGAUUUGAACACCCUUCAAGGAUUUUUGCCAACUUAUUGCUUUAUGUAUAGAAGGUUAUUAAACGGGACAUACAGAUGUAAAAGCCUUUGUUUAGUUAACAGUGUUAAUCCUUGUAUCAAAAGUCAUGACAAUUCAAAAUUGAAGAGUAUUUAACUCCAAACCAUCUGGGGAAAUGCAACUCUGAACUUUAAAAUAAGGAUUAGUUGGGGGCCUUUUCAAGAAUGACUUUUCACACCAACGGUCUCCAUACUCUAUUGAUGCCUCCCAUGAGAUGCCAUGUAUAUUUGAUUUUGGAUUACUACAUUGACAGAAAUAGUUGUGAUACAGUUCUGCUUCAUUUGUUUAUUACUAAAAAUCAGUUGUAUAGCAUUGUUCGGUCAU